AUGGCUGUCACUUUAAAGAACUGUACUGAAACUAUUACCUUGAACAAUGGCACCAAAAUUCCAGUCAUUGGUUUAGGGACUUACUUAUCUAAACAAAAUGAAGUCUACGAAGCUGUUGUAACUGCUGCCAAAGCUGGUUACAGACAUGUUGAUACUGCAGCUUUCUACAAGAAUGAAGAACAAGUUGGUAAAGCUGUCAAAGAUUGUGGUGUGCCAAGAUCUGAAAUGUAUGUCACCACCAAAGUUUGGCCUACUGAGUUACGUGACCCUGAAGCUGCUUUAGAUAAAUCUUUAAAGAGAUUGGGAUUGGAAUAUAUUGACUUAUAUUUAAUGCACUGGCCAGUUACAUUGAAGACCGAUACCAUCAAAGAUGGCGAGUUGAUGUGCAUUCCAAGAUUACCAGACGGUAAUGCUGAUGUGGAUAAGGAUUGGACCUUUGUUCAAGCUUGGGAAGCUAUGCAAAAGUUAUUAAAAUCUGGUAAAGUUAAAUCUAUUGGUGUUUCUAAUUUUUCUAUUAACAAUAUUAAGGAAUUAUUAGCUGCUCCAACCACCACAGUCGUUCCAGUAGUUAACCAAGUCGAAGUUCAACCAUUAUUGCCUAAUGAUGAAUUAAUCGAAUUCUGCCGUUCUAAGGAUAUCAUCACUCAAGCUUAUUGUCCAUUUGGUGGUAGUGAAGCACCAUUAAUAAAAGAUGCCACUGUUGUGGAAAUUGCCAAGGGAAAUGGAGUUGAUGCUGGUCAAGUUAUUACCAGCUGGCACGUACAAAGAGGCUAUGUUGUCUUGCCAAAAUCCGUCAAAGAAAGUAGAAUUAUUUCUAACUUGAAAACUUUCACUUUAUCUGAUGCAGACAUGACCAAAAUGAACAACAUCUCCAAGACUCAAGGUGAAAAGAGAUUAAACAAUGUCAACUUUUCUCCUUUCCCAAUCUUCGAAUAG